CUAACCUAAAAAGCAAAACAUUUCUUUUUGGAGAUUUUUAUUUAGCAAAAAUCUUUUAAAAUUAUGUCUGGAAAUGCAGAUAAAGCCUUGAAUAUUUUGAAAUCCUUGCCUAGAGUGUGCCUGGGAAAUAUCAGGGAUAAUCCUGGCUCAAGAUUGGGUACAAAAAGGGGUAGAGGCCAGCAUGGUGGUGAUAAACAUGGGGACGGUAAUAAGGGGUCUGGUCAAAGGCAGAAUUUCAUGCGAAUUGGUUACGAGACUGGCAACACGCCUUUCUAUAUGAGAUUCAAAAAGGAGGAAUAUUAUAAAGGGCACCACUUAAAACGCCAAUAUCCACCUCUAUCUCUACUCAAUCUACAAAAAUUCAUCGACCUCAACAGAAUCGACGCUUCAAAACCUAUCGAUCUAGUAUCGAUAGUAAACACGGGCCUUUUCAACAUUUCCAUUGACCAAAAACAUUUUGGAAUCAACUUAACAGACGAAGGGGCCGAUAUUUUUGAAGCCAAACUAAACAUUGAAGUCCAAUGGGCCAGCGAACUUGUAAUCGCGGCCGUUGAACGUGCCGGAGGCACCAUUACCACGGCCUACUAUGAUCCAGACAGUCUAAGAGCCAUGGUCAAUACAAAAAAGUUUUUCGAAAGAGGCACCCCUAUUCCAAAACGCAUGAUGCCCCCUCCUGAUGCUAUAGAAUAUUACACAAGUGCCUCAUGUCGUGGGUAUUUGGCUGAUCCCGAAAAAAUUUCAGAAGAACGGUUGGUUUUGGCUCAGAAAUAUGGUUAUCAGUUGCCCAAAAUUGAGGAGAGUUCUGAGUAUGAAAUGUUGGCGCAAAGGAAAGAUCCUAGACAAAUAUUUUACGGGUUAAAUCCAGGUUGGGUUGUUAAUCUACGGGACAAAGUUGUAUUAAAACCCAAAGAUGAAGAACUGUUGGAAUAUUAUGCUUCUUAGUAGAUUUUAAGUUGUUGUAGAUAAAAUAUUUAACAAAAAUAUACAUUAUUAUUAUUUCAAAAGGUUA